AUGCUUGCAAAUACCUGCUUGUUUAUUUUGGCUUUAGCUUCGGUUGCCCUUGCUCACACAGUGCCCAGUUAUGGCUCGCUUCAGCGUCAAUACUUGGCCAAGAGAGCCAAGAUUGAAGUUGCUCAAGACAUUUUCAGAAACUUGCCUGCUAAGGAAAUUGACUUUAUCAAUGUUCAUUUGAAAAACUUGACCGAUGCCCAAGGGUCCAAGUGUGACAAGUGCAAGAAUAGGCUCAAGUAUGCUCAAAACUUGGUCCACGAAUACCCAGACCAGGAGCACCUUGUUUCUUUGCUUUUAUACAAAGACUGUGUCAACAAUGCCAAGAGCGAUGACUCGUGCGGAUACGUUGAAUUUUUCGUCACUACCGAUUCCAGAAACCACGAAAACUUCACCAACCACUACGACUCGGGAAUUGGCUCUGAAACCAGUGUCAACAUCUUUGACAAUGACUUUUUGAACGUCAUCAAGCACUUCAAUGUCUCGAGCGAGUUGGAUUUGGAGUACUAUUGCUUUUUCAAAGGCAGCCGUGCUUGUAACUUGCCAGAAACGCCAGACGUCGAGAAGCUCUUUAACCUUCAAAGCUGGUGGCCAGCUAAAAAGCCCGAGUUGAACCACCCUCCCGUUUACAAAAACAACAGCGAAAGGUUCAACGUCGUGCACGUGACUGACUUCCAUAUACAGCCAAGAUACGAGUUGGGUGCCGAGACCAAUUGCACUCAAGUUCCUUGUGGAUUACCCGAAUCCCACAACAAAGAGCUUCCAGGUAAAGACUACAACUUCACCACUUAUUAUAAAAACCUUGACCCCACUCUCAAAACCUUUGACUAUUCGUUUUACCCUGAUGCUAGAUACACCGAGAACAACACCUAUGUGAAAGGGGACUAUUACGACUUUCCCAAAUAUCGUGGAUUCAACUUUAACAAUGCACCAGCAACUUCCUUCGGUGCCUAUCUUUCCGACUCUCCCGAGUUGUUGAUGAACAACUCCUUAGUCGAAAUUGCGAGGUUGCACGCCCAAAAGAAGUUUGAGCUCGUAUUGUUCACGGGAGACAUGGUUGAUCACGACGGUAUCCACGAUGGGCCCGCCACUACCAAAUGGGCCGAGGUUGAAGGAUUCAAGUUGAUCAAAAAGUACUUGAACAAUAUCCCCAUCUUGCCAUCUUUGGGCAACCAUGACGCUUUCCCCUACGCUCAAGUCGCCCCACACAAGUACGACCCGCUGCAAAACAGCUACGAGUACAAUAUCGACGACAUGGUCAAGUUGUGGAUCAACAACGAGUGGUUUGAGGAAAAAGAUGCUGAUGAUUUGAAGCACCACUACACUGGAUUCUCAUAUGUCACCAACAGGGGCUUGAAAAUCAUUGCUUUGAACUCAAACUCUUAUUACUCAGAUAACUUGUGGAAUUAUAUCGACCAGUCGACCGAUGGUGACUUGUUUGGAAACUGGGAGUUCCUCAUUAGUGAAUUGCUUGAUGCAGAAGCCAAGGGUCAAAGAGUGUGGAUCAUGGCACACAUUCCACCCAACAACUAUGAUGUGUUGCCCCUUCAAUCGAGAAUUUUCGGUAAAAUUGUUGAAAGGUUCUCCCCUUACACCAUUGCCAACAUGUUUUUCGGCCACACCCACAGAGACCAAUUCGCAAUUUUGUACUCGAGCAAUGCCAGUGCCGCCGACGCUGUUGCCGCCGAUGUUGUCAACAUGGCGUGGGUUGCCCAGUCUGUGACGCCAUACACCAACUUUAACCCCUCGUGGAAAUGGUACGAAGUUGAGCACGAGAGUUUCAACAUCAUCAAUGCUUACAACUAUUAUACCCAGUUGAACGUGACCUUCACCAACGGCGGAGCUGAGCCAAAGUGGGAGGUUGAAUACAGUGCCAGGGAUUUCUAUGACAGCAAGCACACCUGGCCUGCCGAUGCACCUUUGAACGGUACCUUUUGGCACAAUUACGUCGCCAAGCCCUUGUGGAACACCAGUGAUGUUGCUUUUAACCAAAAUUUCAUGGACUUGAAGUACAGAAGAAGUCCCUUAACUCCAAACUGUACCACGGAAAAGGGAACAUUGAGUGACAAGUGUUUCAAUGACAACAACUGUUUUCUCUAUUUCCACUCGGACGAUAACAUUAGAUGUCAAAAGUGA